UGAUACACAAGACUUUGAACCGGUUUAGCGAAUUCUUAUCGGCCUGUCCUCACUGUGUUGGUUGCGAUGGCGGCGAAAAGUUUAGCCCGAUUUGUGUUUUCCAAAAUUUCGGCAAACCAAAUUUCUAAUAAGGUUUUGCUGAAUAAUAGUGUGAAGUUUUACAGUGCUGCCGCUGCCAACAAAACCGACUUCGAGUACAUAAAAACCCACACCGCGGGGGCCCAAAGCACCGUAGGUGUCAUAACCCUCCACAGACCCAAGGCCCUCAACGCUCUUUGUGAUGGCCUCAUCCGUGAAGUGGCUCAAGCUUUGGACGGGUUCGAGACAGACAAAAAUAUAGGUGCCAUAAUCAUCACCGGAAGUGAAAAGGCAUUCGCUGCUGGAGCUGAUAUCAAAGAAAUGCAAAAUCAAACCUAUGCCCAAGUUGUUACUGGUAACUUCUUGUCCCACUGGAGCCGUAUCAGCGAGUCCCCGAAACCAAUCAUCGCCGCUGUGAAUGGAUACGCUUUGGGUGGAGGUUGCGAAUUGGCCAUGAUGUGCGACAUCAUCUACGCCGGAGAGAACGCCAAGUUUGGCCAACCGGAAAUUCUGAUCGGGACCAUUCCGGGAGCUGGCGGCACCCAGCGACUGCCAAGAUAUGUUGGAAAAUCAAAAGCCAUGGAAAUCGUUCUCACAGGAGGACAAGUGCCAGCCCAAGAAGCAGAGAAAAUGGGUCUUGUGAGCAAGGUCUUCCCGGUGGACAAACUCCUAGAGGAAGCUGUUAAAUUGGGCGAAAAGAUUUCCAAGAAUUCGCAUUUAAUUAACCGUUUGUGCAAGGAAUCCGUCAAUACUGCAUACGAAACGACUUUAGCCGAGGGUCUUCAUUUUGAGAAAAAGCUCUUCCACGGUACUUUCGCUACCAAGGAUCGCAAAGAAGGAAUGACUGCCUUCAUUGAGAAACGUCCGCCUAAUUUCACUAAUGAAUAACCUUACUGAAGCCUUCAAGUCUGCUAAAAAUACAAAUGUUGUAACGGUUGAUUAUUCUUAUAUAUUUUUUAAGUAAACAGUUUAAAGUGA